AUGAAUAGUGAUGGUUACAUUCCUGUUGAUUCCGAGUUUACACUAGAAACACCAGAUAAACAGACGAAUCCACUUGUUAUAAAAUCUAUAGUUUUUGGUGUUAUAUUACAUUUGAUAAUUCUUCUUUCAUACAUAAUAAAACAUAAUAAAGACAAAACAAAUAAGUCAAUCAAUAUCACGAUAGUUUUAUUAUUAUAUUUUCUCAAGUUAUAUACUCUAAGAAGGCUGAACAAGUCCGAUCCCGGUGUGAUUCCUUCUAAUACUGACUUAUCUGAAUACUUGGAAACUAAUACACAGGCCAAGUUAAUUGAUGUAGAUGGUCACAAUUUCCUUCAGAAGUGGUGUCGUAAGUCAAACUCUUUUAUUCUGAUCAAUUCUUUUAGAAAAAUUUUGUCCAACUGUAUCGGACACAACAACUACAAGAAUUUUGUUUUCUUCAUAUUUUUGGUAAUGGUCAUAAAGGAAUACUCAUUUGUAUUACUAUUCAAGAUCAUAAAAGUAAUAACCUAUCAACCAUUUCUAUUCUAA